AUGCUGUCUCUGCCUCCCCUCCCCACAUACUCCUUGACUCCCCAGGCACCCCUGCUAUCAUGGAUCCCUGACCUCUACUUGGCCCUGAUCCUUCCUGUCGUCGCCUACUGGGUCGUCUCGUUCAUCUUCCACUUCAUCGACGAGUACGACUUGUUCCCUCAAUACCGCCUACACACUCCUGCAGAGGUCCUCAAGCGUAACCAUGUCUCCCGCUGGGACGUCUUCCGCGACGUCGUCAUCCAACAAGUCAUCCAAACUGCCGUCGGCCUUGCCAUCACCAUCUUCGAGCCCCAGGCCACCAUCGGCCAGGAUCACUACAACGUCUCUGUCUGGGCCCAACGACUUCGCCGCGCCCAACGCCACAUUCCCGCUGUCCUCGCCUUCACCGGUCUUGACGCUACCUCCCUGGCCACCAAACAGGCUGCCGCCCAUCCCAUGCUCUCGGCUGCCCUGAAUGGCGGUAGCUACAACCUCUACCAGCAAGCCGCCUCCGGUGACUUCGUUCCCGCUUUUGCUUCGUGGGAGCUUACUUUCGCGAAGGCCAUCUACUGGUUCAUUGUUCCCGCCAUGCAGUUCGCCUUCGCCGUCCUCGUCGUCGACACAUGGCAAUACUUCUGGCACAGGUUCAUGCACAUGAACAAGUGGCUCUACACAACCUUCCACUCCCGUCACCACCGUCUUUACGUUCCUUAUGCCUAUGGUGCUCUGUACAACCACCCCUUUGAGGGUUUCCUGCUUGACACUUUGGGCACCGGCAUUGCCUACAUGCUCGCAGGCAUGACUUGUAGACAGUCCAUGUGGUUCUUUACAUGCAGCACCAUCAAAACUGUCGACGACCACUGUGGCUACGCCCUUCCCUGGGAUCCCCUUCAGCACAUCACCAGCAACAACGCCGGUUAUCACGACAUUCACCACCAGAGCUGGGGCAUCAAGACAAACUUCAGUCAGCCCUUCUUCACCUUCUGGGAUUCCCUCUUGGGUACCAAAUGGGUUGGCGGUGAUGUCUCUGCACGCUAUGAGAGAUCGAGGAUCGCUGCUCAGAAAAAGCUCGAGCAGGAAAAUAUAUCCCAUUCAAGCCCCUCAGACAGCAGCGUAGCCAACUCUUCACCAUAUGACUCCGAGGCCCAGAAUGCUACUUCACUCGCGAAACAGGCCCAAUCACAGCUUGAACCUAGCAUUCCAGAGGGCAAGGCGGCGUUGCAAGCUCUUGGCUCCAGGCAGCAGAUCCUGGACGACCAGGCUGGCGGCGGCGUCGAAGUCCUUCUUGAAGAAGCAGCCGAGGAGCGUGAAGCACAGCGUGUUUUACGCUGCAGUCCAAGGAAGAAGACAGUAUCUCAAACGUCUUCCGCAUCACUGAAAGGCCUGCGGGAUAGAGUCAACACCAGCUUACAUGGCAAGGCCAGUGGUGUGCUCGUCGAGAGCGGUAGAUGA